GAUCGCAUCCACCGACUCUAAGCCUGCUCCUCCUUCCACGAUGCCGACUACACCGGAACGCAAGGACACGAACAGGCAGAGCACCACUCCGUCCUCGUCAGGCAGACGUAUGCCGAACGGGUGGAGAGCGCCUAUGAUUCGCCCUGAUUCUGAAUCUGAGGAUGGCAAAGCCGAGAAUAACACAAAUCAUAUACAGGAUGGUGAGGGGUUAGAGGAGGAAGAAGAGGAAUGGAAGGGGGUGGAAAUAGACGUCGAUGCCGAGGAGGACCAUGUGCAAGAGAGAGGCAAAUGGAUCAACGGUAAGUCACCAGCAGGCCAAGAGAGGAAGAAGCGUAAGAAGAAGAAAUUGAUGUUGACAGGUGAUAGGUCUUGAACAGGAGUCGCUUGCUUGAUGACACUAUCCGUGAACUCUUAUGAUUUUCGUUUAUGUCGCUAUUUUCUUAUGAUAUAUCAUUGCG